CGACCCUGGAAUCGCCAUGCUGGGUUGGUGCGCGGGCGGCCGCUGCACCGUGGAGGCAGGCCGUGCCACGACGCAGCGCAGUGAGUCCGCAGAUAGCUUGCCCACCUCUCGUACACGCGUUUGUCCCAGCAUCAGGACCGGUGCAGGGAGGCACCGAGCUGGAAGUGUUCGGUGACAACUUUGGCUCCGACUUCGGACAUGUGACGGUUGACCUGACCGCGGGCACGGGCUGCGAGAUCGUCUACCGCAAUAUGACAUACAUCCUGUGCCUGACAGGCCCUUCCCCAGAGUCCCGCACACGCGUCACCGUGCAGGUAGUUGACAAGACGCUGAACGUCACCGAGUACAAGAUCACGGGCCAGGCAACCUCAGACGAUCUGUUCAGCUAUGAGAAACCACGGAUGAUCAACUUCAGCCCCCAGAUGGGGCCACUGUCCGGUGGCACAAACGUUACGAUUCGCGGCGUCAACCUGGACAUUGGUAGAAUGCGUGACGUCACCAUCGCGGGUGUCACCUGUGGGGUGAUAAGUUUUGCCUUCAAAGUCGUCAUCAAGGUUGAACCGAUGCCAUGCAGUGUCAACUACGAUGGAUCGCAGAUGGUGUGCAAGUCACCCGACAUUGGCAGUGCCGGCAUGGUAGCAACCGAGGACAGCCCCAUUCAGGCGCAGGUUCAUUUCAUCAUGGACGGAGUCCAGGACACUGUCUCGUCGGAGCAGUCCAUCUCUCGCCGGUUCUACUACUAUCCGAACCCGGAGUUCGUCCCUCUGGCAGGCGGGCACACCGACGUCACUCCCCGGAGAGAACUCACUCUUCAGGGGGCGCACCUGCAGACGGACUGGGCGCGCGACUUCAACGUGACGCUCGGCGACAAGGGAACGUGCAACGUGACGAGCGUGUACGCGGACCAGCUCACCUGCAUGCCGUAUCUCGACGGAGGACAGCCGCAGGAGAGACACGUCGUCAUGGUCUCUAUCGGAAAUCUACAUUUCCUUGAGCUGGGCACCGUGCUAGUGGAGCGGGACGAACAGGCGUCGUGGGCCUGGAUACUCGCUGUGGUCAUCGUGCUGCUGGGAGCGGUCACGCUGCUCGCCUGCUACAUGAAGAAGAUGCACAAGGGCCCGUUCAAGCAGCCCGCAGCUACACUGCCCACGGUGCGCUACACCGCCGCCGCAAGUGUGCCGCAGCCUCAGUACCAGCUGUCGCACGCCGCCCGACAGCACAACCGCAACGGUAAGCUUUCUCGGUGGUAG